AGCCUUGGGGUUGUUUUUUUGCUCAGCAGGUCGACCCCACCAUGCGGUGGUGGCCGCAGGCGCUGGGUUUGGGUGUGCUGCACCCUAGUAGGUAGGCGCUGCCGUUCGUCGCUGCCUACCAGCCGGCAGGGGCCCGGCCUUCUGCCUCUUCUUCACGUGGCGGGAACUGUCGGCCGCGGGAACCGCCUGGGUUCCUCUGGGUAGGUCUUGCCGCAGGUCUCGGGCAGAUUUAUUUAUUUAUUUUAAAGAGCGCCUGCGCAUCUGAGCUCAGCGAGGGGCAGAGGGAGAGGAAGAAUCCUUAAGCAUUUUACCUGCUUUGCAUGGGGCGCAUCCAAGUCUUGAUAUCAGGACCCUGAGAUCAUAACGUGAAACCAAACCAAGAGUUGGACGCUCAACCAACUGAUGUACCCAGGUAGUAUAGAUCAUCAGUAGAAAAACUUCCUGAAAGAAGAAGAAAUUGUUCAAGAGAGAUUUGAAGGUAGCAAAACGGAAGAGGACAAAUUGACAACAGAUGCAGAGGAUAGCAUGGAAAUUUUACUUCAUUCAUUUGUUUAACAAAUUUAUUCAGCAAAACUUUGUUGAACACCUGCUCUUGCUAGAUAUUACCCUAGGCAACAGAACCGCAGCACUGAAAAAAACAGACAAAAACCUCCUGCCCAUGUACAACUACAGCUGAUGAUGUCUUCCAGUUUCAAUUUAUUUAGAGUGGGCAUCUCUUUUGUCAUGAUGUGCAUUUUUUGUAAGUCAGCAGUAGGCUCUCUAUCAGAACUGAGUCCUCAGAAAUAUUUCAGUACAUUACAACCAGGAAAAGCCUCCUUAGCUUAUUUUUGUCAAGCUGAUUCUCCAAGAAACUCUGUAUUUCUUGAAGAACUGAAUGAGGCUGUUAAACCUCUCCAGGACUAUGGAAUUUCAGUUGCAAAGGUUAAUUGUGUCAAAGAAGAAACAUCAAGAUACUGUGGAAAAGAGAAGGAUUUGAUGAAAGCAUAUUUAUUCAGGGGCAACAUCGUACUUAGAGAAUUCCCUCCUGAUACUCUGUUUGAUGUGAAUGCUAUCGUUGCUCAUGUUCUCUUUGCUCUUCUUUUUAAUGAAGUAAAAUAUAUUUCUACUCUGGAAGACCUUCAGAACAUAGAAAGUGCUCUGAAAGGAAAAGCCAGCAUUGCAUUCUCCUACGUAAGAGCCAUUGGAACUCCAGAACACAGAGCGGUCAUGGAAGCUGCUUUUGUAUAUGGGACUACAUACCAGUUUGUUCUAACCACAGAAACUGCCCUUUUGGAAAGUAUUGGUACUGAGGAUAUUGAAAAUGCACAUCUCUACUUUUUUCAUUGUAAACAAGUCUUGGAUUUGACUGAGCAAUGUAGAAGAACACUGAUGGAACCACCACUGACUACAUUGAAUAUACAUAGAUUUAUUAAGACAAUGGAAGCUCCUCUUCUGACCGAAGUUGCUGAAGACCCUCAACAGGUUUCAACUGUUCAUCUCCAACUAGGAUUACCACUGGUUUUUAUUGUUAGUCAGCAAGCGACAUAUGAAGCUGAUAGAAGGACUGCAGAAUGGGUUGCUUGGCGACUUCUGGGGAAAGCAGGAGUUCUACUCUUGUUAAGGGACUCUUCGGAAGUUGACAUUCCUCAGCAUGCUAACGUGGUCUUCAGAAGAGCAGAAGAGGGAGUGCCAGUGGAAUUUUUGGUCUUACAUGAUGUUGAUUUAAUAAUAUCCCGUGUGGAAAGUAAUAUGCACAUUGAAGAAAUACAAGAAGAUGAAGAUGAGGACAUGGCAAGUCCAGAUAUGGAUAUUCAAGAUGAUGAAGUGGCAGAAACUGUUUACAGAGAUAGGAAGAGACGGUUGCCUUUGGAACUCACGGUGGAACUGACAGAAGAGACUUUUAACACGACAGUAGUGGCUUCUGAUAGCAUAGUGCUUUUCUAUGCUGGUUGGCAAGCAGUAUCCAUGGCAUUUCUGCAGUCCUAUAUCGAUUUGGCAAUUAAAUUAAAAGGCACAUCCACUAUGCUGCUUGCUAGAGUGAACUGUGCAGAUUGGUCUGAUUUAUGUACUAAGCAAAAGGUCACUGAAUUUCCUGUUGUGAAGAUGUAUAAGGAAGGCAAGACCCCAGUGUCUUACACUGGAAUGUUAGGAACCGAAGAUCUCCUAAAAUUUAUACAGCUCAACAGGAUUUCAUGCCCAGUGAACAUAACAUCGGUUCAAGAAGCAGAAGAGUAUUUAAAUGGGGAAUUACAUAAAGACCUGAUCUCCUACUCUAGUGUGUCAGUGCUGGGACUGUUUAGCCCAAACAUGACAACAGUGAAAGAAGAUUUCACUGAAGCAGGAAACUGCCUAAAAGGAUAUGUUAUCACUGGAAUUUAUUCUGAAGAAGAUGUUUUAAUACUGUCAAAUAAAUAUGCUGCAACCCUUCCAGCCCUGCUGCUGGCCAGACACAAAGAAGGCAAAAUAGAGAGCAUUCCAUUAGCUAACUCCCCUGCACAAGACAUAGUUCAAAUAAUAACAAAUGCAUUACUGGAAACAUUUCCAGAGAUCACUGUGGAAAAUCUUCCUAUUUAUUUAAGACUUCAGAAACCAUUACUUAUUUUAUUCAGUGAGGGCAGCAUAAAUCCUCAGUAUAAAAAAGCAAUGUUGACGUUGGCAAAAAAUAAACACUUGGAUUCACUUACCCCCUGCUGGUUAAAUCUAAAGAAUACUCCUGCAGGACAAGGAAUCUUACAGGCAUAUUUUGACGCUCUGCCUCCCCUUCCUCUUCUUGUUGUGGUCAAUCUGCAUUCAGGUGGCCAAGUAUUUGCAUUUCCAUCAGACCAGGCUAUCACGGAACAAAACCUUUUAUUGUGGCUGAAGAAACUAGAAGCAGGACUUGAGAGUCAUAUCACAGUUUUACCUGCUCAGGAGUGGAAACCUCCUCUUCCUGCUUAUGAUUUUCUAAGUAUGAUGGAUGCUGCAGCAUCUCACCAUCCCACAAGGAAAGAUCCUGAGUGUACAAAAGAAACAGAUGCAUCGGAGAAGGAUAAAAAACAGGAAGACAAAUCAGCAAUCAGAAAAGAACCAAUUGAAACACUGAGAAUAAAGCAUUGGAAUAGAAGUAAUUGGUUUAAAGGAGGAAAAUCAUUUAGGCAUGAUAAUAAAGAGUUAUGAGCUGGUUUCCUAGGGCUGUGGAGAGCUUUCCAAAGUCUUUUUAGUUUAUUUGAUAGACUGAAGAAUUUAUUAAAAAAUAAUACUAAAUCAUUUCAGGUUUCUAGACCAGUUUUGUCCAAUGAAAAUAUGUGAGCCAUAGAUGUUACUUAGAAUUUUCUAGUAGCACAUUUUAGAAAAAAGUAAAAAUGCACAGGUGAAAUUCUUAAUAUUUCAUCCAGUAAGUAUGCUAAAAUAGCUCGGUUAACAUCAAAAUUAUAAUAUUUUACAUUCUUUAUUUUCUGGAAAGUCUUCAAAAUGCAGUGGGUAUUUUAUCCUUCCUGUACAUUUCACUUCAGAGCAGCCACAUGUGGCUAGUGACUGCUGUGACUAGUGACUGGUAUACUUAAUUUAACUUAGUUCUAGCCAUGAAUUAGAAUAAAAAUGCAACUCUGUUUUAAUCACA